AUGCAGUUUUUCCAAGACGGUAAGAACGUGAUGACGUUCGUUUUAUCAGGGAAACACGUUCAUAAAUGGAUUGGAAUCGGAUUCUCCAGAGAUGGAAAUAUGGAGGGAUCGAGCGCGGUGGUGGCGUGGGUUGAGAGCAACGGCAUAUCAGGAAUAAGGCAAUACUAUUUGAAAGGCAAGAACAUGAGUAAAGUCAUACCUGACAAAGGCGAUUUGCGAUUCACCAGUGUGAACCCUGUAGUUGUUGUUCGUGGAGAUUUGAUCUACAUCGCUUUCCAGCUCCAGUUCGCGACAUCCGUGGCUGACCAUCACGUUUUAUUGGCAAUCGGCUCUGAAACUCCACUAGAAAAUGGCCUUCUCCCCAAACAUAUCAACAAGACUACCACCUUAAUCGAACUCUCCUCAGGGCAAAAAAUAGCGCCCAACGUUCAAAGGCGAUACCACGGACUGACGGCGAUAAUAGGCUGGGGCAUUAUAACGCCCGCCGGAUUGAUGAUCGCUAGGUACUUUCGACACAUCAAACCAAUCUGGUAUUACCUUCAUUCUUCAGUACAGUUCGUCGGUUUCUUCGUCGGAAUCAUCUCCAUCUCCAUGGGACGCAAUCUGUACGCGAAAACCGGUUUCCCCAACCCAACGCACAGAUUAUUCGGAUACACUGCAUUUUUUCUUGCAGGUCUCGAGGUUUGCCAGUUUAUUGGACGGCCAUCGAUGGACUCCAAACGCCGGCCGUAUUGGAACUUCGCUCACUAUUGGGUGGGAAGAGCCGCAAUGGUAAUCGCAGUUUUGAACAUCUGCGUCGGCUUCCAUGGAAACCGUACCGACAAUCGGGACCUGAAGAUAGGUUUCGCGAUGGCGUUGGUGACUCUGUUGACAGUAACGAUCGUCCUCGAAACACGGUUGCGGAGAGAAAAUGCGAUUCCGAAAACCAUUGAUGAUCAACCGCCGGUGUUUCGAGUGGCUGAUGAACUAAGCUAGUGGAAAUAGAUAGUGCCUAUGAGAAACAUUAGUGUUCGGUAAUUUAUAGCAUAGAGAUAAAAGGAGGAAGUUGAUUGUAUCAUAUAAUUUGUCUAAGAACAAAUAUGAUAUCCCACAAAGUGAAUUAAUUAUUAUUGGCCCACCGCUA